AUGAUUGGAAAAGUUGUUGUCUCGGUGGCCUCUGUCCUCUUAUUGGUAGGAGUAGCCAUAGGAGUCGUUGUUAUCAUUAAUAAAAAUGACAACACUCCCUUGUCUCCUCAGAUGAAAGCCGUUCAAGGUAUUUGCCAAGCGACUACUGACCAAGCCUCAUGUGUCAAGACUCUUGAGCCAGUCAAGAGCGAUGACCCACACAAGCUGAUCAAGGCCUUCUUGCUUGCUACACAAGAUGCUAUAACCAAAUCAUCAAAUUUCACGAGUAAAACCGAGGGAGACUUGGGUUCGAGUAUCUCACCAAACAACAAGGCCGUUCUUGAAUACUGCAAGAAAGUUUUCAUGUACGCCCUUGAGGAUCUCGGUACUAUACUUGAGGAAAUGGGUGAAGAUCUAAACCAGAUCGGUAGCAAGAUCGACCAGCUAAAACAAUGGAUAAUCGGUGUCUACAAUUACCAAACCGAUUGUCUUGAUGAUAUUAAAGAAGAUGAUUUGAGAAAGACUAUUGGAGAAGGCAUUGCGAACUCCAAGAUUCUCACUGGCAAUGCUAUCGAUAUCUUCCACACCGUCGUCAGCGAGAUGGCCAAGCUUAACGUCAAGGUUGAUGAUUUCAAGAACAUGACAAGCGGAGUCUUUUCUCCUUCCGACAAAGGAGCAGCUCCCGUCAACAAAGAAACUCCUCCUGUUGUUGAUACUCCCGUGGCUGACCCAGAUGGUCCUUCUCGUCGUCUCCUUGAAGACAUUGACGAAACCGGAGUCCCAAAAUGGGUUUCAGGUGCAGACAGGAAGCUCAUGGCUCAUGCUGGACGUGGACGAAGACGUGGUGGUGGUACUAGAAUCAGAGCCAACUUUGUUGUGGCCAAGGAUGGAAGCGGACAGUUUAACUCGGUCCAACAAGCUGUUAACGCUUGUCCCGAUAAAAACCCUGGCCGAUGCAUCAUCUACAUUAAGGCUGGUAUCUACAGAGAGCAAGUUAUUAUCCCUAAGAACAAGAACAAUAUCUUCCUGUUCGGAGAUGGUGCAAGAAAGACUGUUAUCACUUACAACAGAAGUGCUGGCCUCACUCCUGGAACCACCACUUCUCUUAGUGGCACAGUCCAGGUCGAAUCUGAAGGAUUCAUCGCCAAAUAUAUUGGAUUCAAGAACACAGCCGGUCCAAAUGGGGAACAAGCCGUGGCCAUCCGAGUCAAUGGAGACCGUUCUGUCCUCUUCAACUGUAGAUUCGACGGCUACCAAGACACACUAUACGUCAACAAUGGUCGUCAAUUCUACAGAAAUUGUGUCAUCUCAGGAACAGUAGAUUUCAUCUUCGGAAAAUCAGCAACCGUUAUCCAAAACUCACUCAUCGUCGUUCGUAAAGGAAACAAAGGACAGUACAAUACCAUCACAGCAGACGGAAACGAAAGAGGAUUCGCCAUUAAAAGCGGUAUCGUCCUCCAACACUGCCGCAUCGUUCCGGACAGGAAACUAGCGGCAGAGAGGUUUACCGUAGAGUCAUACUUGGGAAGGCCAUGGAAAAAAUACUCGACCACUGUGGUCAUCAACACUGAGAUCGGUGAUUUGAUCAGACCAGAAGGUUGGAGUAUAUGGGAGGGUGCAAGUUUCCACAAGUCAUGUAAGUACAUUGAAUACAACAACCGUGGACCAGGAGCUAACACUAAUAGGAGAGUUAACUGGGCUAAGAUCGCUAGGACUGCAGGUGAAGUUAAGCAGUUCACUGUGGCUAACUGGUUAAGUCCCGUUUACUGGAUUCAACAAGCUAAUGUACCUGUCACACUUGGAUUCUAA